AACAAUUCAUUAAUCCCCAAGAAACGGUCAUACACCAGAGGGAGGGGAGGCAGCCCCUCAUUUCCGCCAUUAGAGAGAGAGAGAGAAAGAAAGAAAGAGGAGGAGGAGCUGUAUAUAAACAGCGGGUAACAACCCAAGAAAGGGCACCACCUUCUCUGUUCUUCUCUCCCUCGCUCGCUCAUUUGCAGCAGCAACUAAAUAAUAAUAGCCGCGGUGCGGUCUGGAAGAUCCGACACCAUAAUAUUCGGCGGUGGCGCUCGCCGGCGGGGUUCUAUAUUUCCAGACCGUGUUGCUUAUACUGCAGCACCCUUAAUCAUAAUAAAACUAGAUUUAAUUUCAAUUCCAACAAUAAUAAAGAAGGAUAAAGAGGGGAGGAUCUAUAAUAAUAUAAUAUAAAUAAUUAGAGAAAUUAUUUCAUUGGCAGCAAGAUGCAGCGGCCAUCUGUGAUUUUCGCGGCUGUUUUGGUUCUGGCAGCGGCUUCCACCAUCAAUGGCAACAUCGCCGAGUUCGAUGAUUUCUGGAAGAUGAAGGCUGAGGAAUCCUGGAAUCGCACUCUUCAAUCCUACGAGCCCAGCCCUGCCAAGAUUGUCAGCCAUCUCAACGUCCACGCCCAAAGGGCGCUGGAGGAAAUGAAGAAGGAGAGCAUGGGGAGCAACAGCACGAGAAGAAAGCUAGGGAAGGGGUAUUUCGGUCCAUGCACAGUGACAAAUCCGAUCGACCGGUGCUGGCGGUGCAACCCCAACUGGGCGGAGAACCGCUUCCGGCUGGCCGACUGCGGCAUGGGGUUCGGCUACAAGGCCAAGGGGGGCAAGAACGGCAAGUUCUACGUCGUCACCGAUUCCUCCGACAACGACAUGGUCAACCCGAAGCCGGGCACUCUCCGGCACGCCGUCAUCCAGAAGGAGCCUCUCUGGAUCACCUUCCAGCACGACAUGCUCAUCCGCCUCUCCCAGGAGCUCAUCGUCCAGAGCGACAAGACCAUCGACGGCCGCGGCGUCCGCGUCGAUAUCGCCUACGGCGCCGGAAUCACGCUCCAGUUCGUCAACAACGUCAUCAUCCACGGCCUCAGAAUCCACGACAUCGUCCAGGGGAACGGCGGCAUGAUCAGAGACGCCACCGACCACUACGGGUUGCGCACGCAGAGCGACGGCGACGGAAUCUCCCUCUUCGGAGCUCAGAACAUCUGGGUCGACCACGUCUCCAUGUACAAAUGCUACGACGGCCUCAUUGACGUCAUCAUGGGCUCCACCGGCGUCACCAUCUCCAACUCCCACUUCACCGACCACAACGAAGCCCUCCUCUUCGGCGCCAGCGACAGCUACACCAACGACGAGAAGAUGCAGGUGACUGUGGCGUUCAACCAUUUCGGAAAGAGGAUGAUCCAGAGGAUGCCGCGGUGCCGAUUCGGGUACAUCCACGUCGUCAACAACGAUUACACGCACUGGAACAUGUACGCCAUUGGAGGCAGCAAGCACCCGACGAUUAUAAGCCAGGGGAAUCGUUACAUCGCCCCGCCGGACAACGGCUACGCGAAGGAGGUGACGAAGAGGGAGUACGCCACGGAAGCGGAGUGGUCGAGCUGGACAUGGAGGUCGGAAGGGGACAUAUUCCUGAGGGGAGCGUAUUUCCGGCAAUCGGGAGAUGCGACCUACACGAGCAAGCACCCGGAGAAGUAUGAUCUCAUACAGGCUGCGUCCGCCGAGCUCGUCGGAGAUAUGACCAAAUUCGCCGGAGCACUCAACUGCGAAGUGGGGAAGCCCUGUUAA